CAAAAGUGCCAAAAACGGUAGAGUAUAUUUCUCUCUCAAAAAACAAAAACAAAAACAGUAGUAGUAUUACUAAUACUACCACCUGAAACUCAACCUUUGAUCAUAAACUAAAGCCUAUGGUCUUUCUAGGUUAGUGUCUCUCUCAGCUUAAGGAAACCUUCACAUUGCACUGUACCAAAAAGUGCAUGUGAUAUGUUUGACAAAAGUCCUAGCUUGGCAUAAUAUUAGAUAGGUGAAAAAUUAUAGCUACUUUUAGGCAUAAGAAUGAGAACCCACAUUGUCAAAUUCAUAAUCAAACACCCCCACCAGCCUGUUAUGGCUGUUCGGUUGAAAACAACAUCUUCCCAGUAUGUUGCAGCUAGAGCUAGAGACCCUGUGUUUGAGAAAUUUAUGGACAAGUACAAACACCUUGUCAAAGUCAUUGCCAUUCAAGACCUCAUCCUUGCAAACCCAAAGAACCCAUAUGUAUCCCUUGAAUUCCUCUCUAGGCUCUCCCAAAAGCUGCACCUCAACCGCGGCGCCGCUUCCUUUCUACGCAAGUAUCCUCACAUUUUCCACAUUUACUACGACCCCAACAAGUCUCAGCCCUUCUGCAGAUUAACUGACGCUGCUAUUGAGAUUUCUUGCCAAGAAGCAGAGGCUAUCAAUGCUUCAUUGCCACUUGUUGUUGACCGUUUGGUACGGCUUCUGUCAAUGUCCUCAUCCAAAAUGCUGCCCCUUCGUGGCAUUUUCAAAGUUUGGAGGGAACUCGGGCUCCCUGAUGAUUUUGAGGAAUCAGUAAUUGCUCGUAACUCUGAUCUUUUUCAACUUUGUGAUGCUCAUGAACCCAAUACUCAUUUUUUGAAACUGGUUGAUGGGAGUUGUAUCAAUCAUUUUACGGCAGCAGUGGAGAAUUGGAGGCUUUUGGAGUGUUGUAAGCAGGAUUGUAGUGUUGAUAGGAUGGAAAUGAGAUAUAGUUUUAAACAUGGGUAUCCUCCAUGUAUGAAACUUAGUAAGAGUUUUAGGGCCAAGGUUAAGGAAUGGCAAAGUUUGCCAUAUGUGGGACCAUACGAGGAGAUGAGAGAGAAGAAGAAGAGGUCCAAGUUUGGAAUGAUGGCAGUGGAGAAACGGGCUGUUGCAAUCAUUCAUGAAUUCUUGAGCUUGACAGUGGAGAAGAUGGUGGAAGUAGAGAAGAUCAGUCAUUUUAGGAAAUGGUUUGGGAUUGACUUAAAUAUAAGGGAUUUGUUCUUGGAUCACCCAGGAAUAUUUUAUUUGUCCACCAAGGGGAAGAGGCAUACCAUCUUUCUGAGAGAAGCAUAUGAGAGGGGAUGUUUGAUAGAACCAAAUCCAGUUUAUGAUGCUAGAAGAAAGCUUCUUGAUCUUGUUGUCUUGGGACGUCAUGGUUUGUUUAAUGAUGAAAAUAAGCCAAGGGACCUUUUUAGUUGCAAGGAGGCUGAGUUGCAAGAAGAGGACUCUGACGAAGAUGAUGACUUUUCAGCACCCUGACUAGAACAUUUCAACUUCCAGUAUCAGGUGCAUCAUCAGUUUGCCCUCUCCAGGUUUAUAGCUCCAUUAUUUGAAGAUAUGAUCCAUUUGAAGGGGCUCACUUGAUUGCCUCGUUUUUUUUUAUGGUAAAUUAAAGGGUGAGAAUAAGUUCAAGAUGAUUUUAUUGAAGAAUCUUAUAGAGAUUUUGAUUCUGCUGGGAAGCCUGACAAAUUUGAUGCCAUGACAACUUUUGCACAAUUGCACUGGAGGUGGCUGCCAAUAAUAGGAAACGACAUUAUUAGACCCAUGUGGUGGAUGUUCUCUUGUUGUAAAAUUUAAUCCAAUUUUUUCUUUAGGUAGGUGUAUAUUUUUUGUUUGGCUGAAAUAUACUUUCAUCUCAGAAAUUGGACCUAGGUUCAGUUAUUGUCCAUCAAAUUUAAAACUUUCUAAUUUCACCCUUGAGAAAUUUAAAAGGCAGCAAUGUUUCCUUUUGUCAUUAGCUGUGAAUGCAGCAUCAGAUUUUAACCGUCACAUCAGCCUUCCAUUGGCCAAAUGUCCAAUUCAGUUCACAGUUGAUGGAUAGGACAAUAUUGUUAUCAUUUACAUUAUUCAGGGACAAAAUAAAAAAGUUUUAAAUUUGAUGGAUGAAAUCAAACCUAUGCUUAAGUUUCAAGGAUUAGAGGUCUAUUUCAGCUAAGUGUUUUUCUUAAGGUGCUGCUAGUUCAGAAUGGUUAUAAGACAGUGAAAAAUAAUAUUUGAAGUGGCAUUACAGAGAGCUUUUAGUCACUCUUCUUUCACUUAUUUUUGGAGCAUAAGUCUAGGAGUAUUGAAUCGUGCAGCCAUAGUUGGAGAAUUGUAGAGAUCCUCUGUUACGAUAUUGUUUCUUGUUGAUUUUGUACCUUUUUUGUGUUGCUGAACGCACACAUUAAUAGUU